AUUUUAUAUUUGUGUUUUGAAUAUGAACGAUCCAAACAAAGCGAUAAGCGUCAAUUUGUCAUCUCUGCUUAGUUUAAAAGCUGAAUUACAGAGGAAACAACAUGAGGUUAAACUGGCCAAAGCCACCAAAACGUCUGCCCAUGAGUUCAAGCCCAACAAAGUCGCUAGCGAGCGGGAAAAGGAAAAGUCGAGACCAAGCAGUAGUAAGAACAGCAAUUACACGGAGAUAAGUCGCAGCGAUGAUGUUAAGGUGUAUGAAGCGGAGGACUAUGCGCAGUUGGAUAAAUCCCGACGUGUCCUGGAGGCAAAGAGUAAGUUCUAUGAUCGUAUGAGCCGCACCGGAGGCAGCCUCAAUUCCGAUGACAAUUGCUUGGUAAUGUUUAAUCGCAAGCGACAGGAGCAACAGUUCGACCAAGAGCAGGAACCACAAAUCUCUGCUCAACGUGAACGACUGAUUAGCAGCAGCAGUAGCUCUAGUGACAGCACUGUUGACGCUGGCAAUGACGAUGACGAAGUGGAGUACGUCGAUUGCUUGGGAAGAACCCGAAAAUGUUUGCGGAAGGAGCUCGAGGAGGCGAAGCGACGUGACAAGCAGCUGGCAGACAGCAUGCCGGAGAGAUUGGAUCAGAGCAAAGCCAAUUGGAUGAUAGACACGAAAGGGAAUACCGGCAGCAACCACAACAGCGACGAGGAUGAGCCCAUUUAUGGACCACGAGCCACAGAAAGUGUGUUCAGUGAAGCUCUUUCCACGAUGACAAAGCAUGAUGAGCAGCGCAUUAACUGGGAGCGCAAGGAGCUGGAGAAUUUCGAUAAACCAGAUGUACAUUAUCAGGAUGUCUUCUUCGACGAGGCUCGAACCCACGGCGUGGGCUACUAUGCCUUCUCCACGGACGAGGCCGAGCGCAAGCAGCAACAACGUGAAUUAGAGCAAUCGAGGAAGGCAACGCAGGCGGAGCAAAAAAGACGCGAUGAGCUGCGGGCUCAGCGUGAUAGAAUCGUUGCAGAUCGUGUACUGGCAGCCAAAAAUCGGAUACGAGCUAGAAACGGACUUCCGCCCAUCACUAAAGAAGAUUAUGAACGAGAGCAGCAGCUCAAGGCGGCUGAGGCUACGGCCGAAAGCGCGGCAAGGCAACGCGAACAAAAUGAAAAGGAUGAGAAGCUGGCGGCGCAAAAGGCGGCCGAGGAUGCAGAACGCGAAGAGCUACGCAAGGAGCACAUACGCGACUGGGACAGGGACAAAAGCGGUGUGCCCAAGAAACACGAUGACGGGGAGCAGGCACCCGAGGAAUGGCAGUACAAGGCUGAAAGACUACCCAUGUCCCAGGAGCAAUGGAACGAGCAGCAGCGUGCAGUGCGUGCACCUGAAUUUGCACCCAUGCCGGAAGUGAUGCUGAAACGAACCAAUUUCAGUAGUUCGACACCGUCAUCGUCCAUGUGGCAAAACAAAGAGUUUAACAGCUUUCAUUCGACCAAACGAGAAAAACAAUUCCAACGCCGCAACUAUACAAAAGCCACCGACGAUCUGCAACACGAGGAUGGUGAAGAAAACGAGGAAUCCGCAACAAGCUCAGAGCAUUCUCGACGUUAUGGAGCUGCUAUACCGCCACCUGAUUCUUUGGAUUCUUCUUAUAGCGGAUCUUCAAUCCCCAAGCGGCCAAAAACACAGGAUGAACUGGAGCGCUCCAUCUCGGCGGGACUGAAAUUUCUGCGCGAUAACUGUGACAAGGGAGUGCUGGGAAAUAAGGGUACCUGGACAGCCAAGGCGGAUUAUUAAUGAGCACAAAGAAUAAAAUAAAUCGAUUGUCGUUCGUAUG